CUACAACCGAUAAAGAAAUACGGAAGGACUUGCUUCAUACCUAUAGUUCCUUUGGCCUUGUCCAAACCCAAUUGGCCCCAAACCGUUUUUACAGUCAUACCAUACCUUUACCUGACUUACCUUACCUACCCGAUCUACCAUAACUUGCUUUAGGUACCUACCUAGUUCCAGUACCUCGUCGGCAAGUACCUUAUCAAAUACUCUCUACCGGUAACGCCGCCAACUACCGCGCUAUCUUUGUAUUCAUUCGAAUACUUUUGUAUUUACUUAUUCAACCCACCCGACUUCCUUUGCCUUUACAUUACUUCACCUACACCUCGUCUUCCUUACUCGAACCAACAAACUACCUCCACGCAGCAGCAGCCGUCAUCCCAAUAUCUGCGAGUCAACCGCAACUCAAUCCCGCCUCGUCCGCCGCCCAACCAAAGGUGCACCUAGCCGCAAACCCGGGGUCUCACUCACGUCCCCCUUUUUGCCUUUUCACUCUCUUCGAUUGUUUUUGCCUUUUCUAAACGGCGAACUAAAGAGUUGGGAAGGAGGUACGCUUGGCGCAAGGGGGGAGGGGAUAGAGUUUACGUGGUUCCCAGCCCCGCAUCCCAACGCCUGGCCCCCGGCCCUGAAGCCGGUUCAAAAAACAUAAAAUAAAAAAUACGUCAGGCACAACAGAGAAACUUCGUCGGCCAUGGCCGCUGCUCUGGCGCAUUCGUCGGGCAUGAUUCCUCCCAUGGUUGGAGUCCCACCGGCGACAUCAUACGAAAAUGGCGGAGGCGGCAACAGUAGCACAACAGCGGGCCAUGGAUCAGUGAUUCCAAACGACGGCAGUCGAACAAGCUGGAAUGCGCCGCAAGGUGACCUCAAGUCUGAUGCGGCAUCGGCCCAAUCACAACAUAGAAAGCUCCAACUGAGUGACUUCAAAAAGGUCCGGACGUUGGGAACAGGAACAUUUGCACGAGUCUGCCUUGUCCGCCCAUCGAACCCACAGAACGAAACGGAGCGCAACAAGGUCUUUGCGCUCAAGAUACUGCGCAAAUCCGAGGUGGUCAAGCUCAAGCAGAUCGACCAUGUGCGCCACGAGCGCGCCAUCCUCGCUGACGUCUCGGGCUUCCCCUUCAUAACAAACAUGCUCGCCUCCUUCUCCGACCACGACUUCCUCUACAUCGUGCUCGACUACGUCCCCGGCGGCGAGCUCUUUUCGUACCUGCGCAAGUACCGCCGCUUCGACGAGGACAUGGCCAGAUUCUACGCCGCCGAGAUCGUCUUGGUGCUCGAGUACUUGCACGAGGCCCAGGAUGGCGUCGCAUACCGCGAUCUCAAGCCCGAGAACCUGUUGCUGGACGAACAGGGUCACAUCAAGCUCGUUGAUUUUGGCUUCGCAAAGAGGCUCGGCGGCAGGAGGGACGGCGACAACAGCGGCACCCAGGAAACGUACACCCUGUGCGGUACCCCGGAGUACCUGGCCCCCGAGGUUAUCCAUAACAAAGGUCACACGACGGCCGUGGACUGGUGGGCGCUGGGGAUUCUGAUCUACGAGUUUCUUACCGGGUACCCGCCGUUCUGGCACCAGAACCCAAUCGAGAUCUACAAGCAAAUCGUCGAAAAGCCCGUCGUCUUCCCGCAAGACCCACCAAUCUCUCCCAACGCACAGGACAUCAUUCGACAGUUCUGCACCGUCGACCGCUCCCGCCGGCUCGGUAACAUCAGUGGCGGCGCGGCGCGGGUCAAGGAGCACCCCUUCUUCGAGGGCGUCGACUGGGACGCCAUUUACAGCCGCAAGUUCCCUGGUCCCAUCCUGCCGCCGAUCAGGUACCCCGGCGACGCCCAGUGCUUCGACAUUUACCCCGAGGAGGACGUCGGCAAGGAUCCUUACACGGACGAGAUGGCUCAAAAGUACGACCACUACUUUAAGGACUUUUGAAUCAGAGUCAUGCCGGAGCACAAAAGAGGACAAAAAAAAGAUAUUCAUCUGCACAAUACUCAAAUAGCUGUAUUAAUACUGUCUCAUAGUGGCGCUUGCUUUCUUUUUUUUUUCUUUAUCGUUUUUGUCUCUUGUCUCUCUUACGAACAGUCGAGGUUCUACCCAAGAUUACUACCUAGGCAUUUUACUUGUUCUGCGAACAAAACAUCUGUAACAUUCCUGACCGAUACUUAUCACUCGUUGAUUUUUUUUGUUUUCUUUUCUUCAGUUUCUCAUCUGUUUUUUUCCCUUCUUUAUCUGAGAAAUGUGUCAUGCCAAAGAUAAUGUCCUCCUUUUUCUUUUUUAUUCAUCCACACCAUAUCUGCGAAAUCUUGUUUUUUCUUUUUCUUUCUCGUUUUUUAUGAAAGCAUCAUGUAAAUAACUGCCCCCCAUUGUUAUGUAUCAAGCGCACCAAACUUUCUGAAAGCAUAACCUCACAUAGCAAGCACGCACUUUCUGGGCAAACCCGGGGGAGGGGGAAAAUCCAAAAGGAUCUGGCCUUUGGAGGACUCUGUGCUUGAUUCCUGGAACGGACCCGGACUUAUUGAGUUGAUCUCCUGGAGGAAGCAUUGCACAUUCAACAUUGAAUUUAUCAAAAAUCAAAGCAGUCGAGUAGUUUACUCGUCUUUGUCAAAUACUAUUUGCGAGCUGGGAUAUUGUUUUUCUGUUGGCGAGUUGUCUCCCACGAUGUAUCUCGUCUUUGAUAACAAAU